UGUGGCCGGCCGGGGUCACCGCCGCUCAGACCUCUGCCCGAGCAGAAAAGAGUGGAGCAGGUGGCGGCUAUGCUGUGGGGCCGGUGCUGGCGUGUCGGGGCGCGGCUGCGCGGCUUGCGCGGCGGGCUCCAGGCCCCCGCCGAAAGCGGCCGGCGGGGCGUGGUCUCCUGCAUCGACCCUUCUACGGGACUAAACGAAGAGCAGAAAGAGUUCCAGAAAGUGGCCUUUGACUUUGCUGCCCGGGAGAUGGCGCCAAACAUGGCGGAGUGGGACCAGAAGGAGCUGUUCCCAGUGGACGUGAUGCGGAAGGCGGCCCAGCUGGGCUUCGGGGGGAUUUACGUACGAACAGACGUAGGAGGGUCUGGACUGUCACGGCUCGACACCUCUGUCAUCUUUGAAGCCUUGGCCACAGGCUGCACCAGCACCACAGCCUACAUAAGCAUCCACAACAUGUGUGCCUGGAUGAUUGAUACCUUUGGAAGUGAGGAACAGAGGCACAGGUUUUGCCCUCCACUCUGUACCAUGGAGAAGUUUGCUUCCUACUGCCUCACUGAACCAGGCAGUGGGAGUGAUGCCGCCUCCCUCUUGACCUCCGCCAAGCGACGAGGAGAUCAUUACGUGCUCAGUGGCUCCAAGGCCUUCAUCAGUGGUGGAGGCGAAGCAGACAUCUAUGUGGUCAUGUGCCGAACGGGAGGACCAGGCCCCAAAGGCAUCUCGUGCAUAGUUGUUGAGAAGGGGACCCCUGGCCUCAGCUUCGGCAAGAAGGAGAGAAAGGUGGGGUGGAACUCACAGCCGACCCGAGCGGUGAUCUUUGAAGACUGUGCUGUCCCCGUGGCCAACAGGAUCGGGGACGAGGGCCAGGGCUUCCUCAUUGCCAUGAGAGGACUGAACGGGGGGAGGAUCAAUGUCGCGUCCUGCUCUCUGGGCGCUGCGUAUGCUUCGGUCAUCCUCACCCGAGACCACCUCAAGGUCCGGAAGCAGUUUGGAGAGCCCCUGGCCAGUAACCAGAUCUGCAACCAGGCCCUGCAGAUGCACGGGGGCUACGGCUACCUGAAGGACUGCGCAGUCCAGCAGUACAUGCGGGACUCCAGGGUCCACCAGAUCCUCGAAGGCAGCAACGAGGUGAUGCGGAUACUGAUCUCAAGAAGCCUGCUGCAGGAGUAGCCCCUGGACUGAGGCUCCGAUGGGAGGAUCAGUGUCGAGUGGUUCCAUGUGGACGGCGCUGUCACAGUGAGUCCAGGACGUGCUGGAGGGGCUGUGCUUGUCCAGGGCACCAUCACAGCGUCAGCUGGAGGGCGGCAGCUGGAGGGCGGCAGGAGCCGCCCUGGCUGGAACGUCACAAGAAGACGUGCCACCUUGUUUUCCUGACGCAGAGGGUGACCAGUGAACACUGACCACCAAACCACUGUCCUUUCCUGGAUCCACAGAGUCUUGAUUUGUCUGCCUUUUGCUGGUUCACCAGAUCCCUCUUCUGGGAAUCUGGGUACUUCUGUUGAGGGUUUUUCCUGACUGUAAAGCAAAGGAGUGGGAAAGGAGGAAUGGAGAGAAAGUGUCUUCCUGUCUUUUUCUGUUCUUUGUGCCUCAGCUGAAGAUGCAGAAGGUUUCUGUGGGCUGCUCUUCCUUUGCAGCAACUCCUCCUCUGAAUGUAAAUCAUCAUGAAAUGAGUGUUUGGAAAUCCUUCUCCUAAGCUGUGAUUUAGGGCGUAUCUGCACUCUGGACUAUCUGAAUAUCAAGGGCUGAGAUUAUUUGGAACUGUGAAUACUUGUUGUUUUAGAAGCAUGUGGUCUGGGAAUGGUAUUCAAAGUUCCUGUAACAUUUCCUUAUAAGUGCUUUGAGUAUAUUUUUUUUCUGAGUUUUUGCUUUUUUGCUCCUCUUUUUAAAUGUUUUUAAUCACUACAUUAAUAAAUAAAAUCUACC